CAUGGCUAUUUAAGGUGGCUCCUACUAUAACUCGUCAGUAUCUCCUUAAAACUCAAACAAUAAAAUGGGGAGCCACCAUGCAAAACCAAAGGCUAGCAUUUCCCCUAAGAGUUCUGGGUUUGAAAAGGAUGCUGCCAUUGAUGGGGCAUUUUCCAAAAAGCAGGUACCAGUCAACAGCAGAGCUUACACUUCUGGAGCUGUGAAGAAGACUCCGGUGAAAGAGGAAGAUCAGACAAGAGAAAGGGUGCAGAGUAGUGCUACUCAGUAUUACAGGAGGAAUGAUCAGAGUAUCUUGAGCCAUAAUGAGUCCAGAAGGAAACUGAAGAGAGAGCUGAUCUCCAGUGAUUUCAAGAGUGUGGAUGCACAUGCAAUCAGUGCUGGCCAAAAGCUGAAGAGUAAGAGGAUCUUCUCAGCACAGACUAUUGCCAAAGCCAUCACCACAGGAACGUCUACAGAUUUAGAAAGGCUCCGUGCAAUCUGGACCUGGAUCUGUCAUAAUAUCGACUAUGAUGUGAGCGGGUAUCUGGGUCUGACUGAGAAGGUGUAUUCUCCUGAGGAGGUUAUUAAAACAGGACGUGGGGUUUGUGCUGGAUACUCAAGCGUCUGCUUACAACUGUGCAGGGAGGUUGGCAUUGAAUGCAGAGAGGUGAGUGGACAUGGCAAAGGUGCAGGAUACAAACUGGGUCAAAGCUACCAGAACACUGAGUCAAACCAUCGGUGGAAUGCGGUCCGUUUGGAGGAUCACUGGUAUCUUUUGGAUGCCUGCUGGGGAGCUGGAGUAGUGGAUAUGGAUAACAAAUCCUAUACACAGAGAUAUAAUGAAUUCUACUUCCUGACUGAUCCAGAGGAAUUUGUCAGCUCACACUUGCCUAAAGAGGAGGAGUGGCAGCUGCUGGACAAGCCAAUUAAGCUGGAGGAAUUUGAAAAGAGUGUGUUCAAAGCCUCAGAGUUUUACAAGUUUGGGUUAACACUCAUUCACCCCAAACAAUACUUACUUGUUACAGAAAAUGGUGAGGCUUCCAUAUCAAUCAGACUCUCUCAGACUGUGGACUUCAUGUAUACGAUUUACCAGCACCAAAAUGGUGAACAGAAGGAGCUUAGCAAAUCUAUGGGUUUCCUCACUGUUUUCCAGAACAUCAUGAAGCUUGUUCUAAUUCCUCCAAUGUCAGGAACAUUUGAAAUCAUGCUGUUUGCAAAAAUAAUACCAACUCCAGCAAACUUCAAUUGGGUGUGUUCCUUUUUACUGGAGUGCGAUAAACCUAAGACUACCGAGAAUUUCCCAGAAAACCCUUACUGGUACUGGGGGAUCCAACAAAAUGCUAAAGAUCUGGGAUUAAAACCAUGUUUAUAUGGACAUAAGGAUAUUUUGCUGAAAUCAGGGUCAUCUGAACUUGUGCUUCAUACUAACAGACCACUCACGAUGCUCUGUGAAAUAAGUCAUAAGGAUCUGGAUGCCACUUUGGCUAAGCGAUGUCUGGCCACCCAAAUUGAAACAGACAAACUGACCUGUAUCAUUCUUUGUCCAUACAUUGGUUAUUACAGACUGUCUGUGUUUGUUAAUGACUAUGAGAACGAUAGUCAGAGCUUCCAGAAUGUAGGAAACUUUCUACUUCAUUGCACUGCCAACCCAGUCAAUUUGAAUCAGCUUUUCCCUCCAGAUCUCAGCACGUUUUGUGGGCCUGGAACCAGGACUGACAGUGCUGGCUUGUCAAAGUUCAGUCACACAGGGGCAAUAGUGAGUACACAGCAGGGAAUGUUUAACAUCACCUUCCAGAACCAGCAUGACCUGGAACUUCAUGCCGUUUUAAAACAUAGCAAAGAACAGUCUAGACACCCCCUUUCUCGGCAUGUUUUCUUCACCUACAAUGGUAGUAAGGUCACUCUCAGUUUAACUCUACCUGAGCCAGGAGUUUACAAACUGAGUCUUAUUGGAAAAACUCCGUCCACCCAGGAAUUUAACCUGCUGUGUGAUUUCAUCCUUCAGAACGACUCAGAGAGCCCAGGGUUGCCGUUUCCAUAUACCUACACAGCUUGGAGGAAGGGCAGUGUGUUGUAUGAGCCACGGUCAGGCUUGCUUGAGCCACUGUGUUGUGUAAAGUUCCGUGUCCUUGUCCCAGGGGUUCAUAAAGUCAUGGUGCUGGGAGAACGGACUGUGGAUCUGACGAUCAAUAAGAGUCAUAUUUGGGAAGGAGAAGUGUUCACAGGGAACGUUAGGCAGAUUAAACUGGCAACCAGCCAGGACGAAACAUCUAACAAGAUGGACAUUGUGAUGACCUUUGAUGUUUUGAGGUCACAAAAUGGAAUGUUAAAAAAAAAAGUGCAUUGAGAGGCAAAUCCCUUAUUUGAUACUAAUGAUGUUGUUAAAUAGAAUUGUCUUUCAUAGAGCGUGUAUUUCACCUUGUAUGUAAAACAUGACUGAUAACUGUAGACACUAUUUGUAAGAAAACCUUGCAGCUUUCAGGCUUAUUUUUACAUUUUCUAAGAAGCUGUGGUCAUACCAGAUUGUGUUUGUCUUUGUGUAUGUCAUUUCUUUUCUUCAAGGUUCUAAGAGAGAUGCACUGCAGUUAGAAUGAAGCGUCUAUAAAAACAAUGUUAUAGAAGCUCAAGAAAUGAGCACAUUUAACUUUAAAUAUUAUCUUCUGGUCUUACUUGGUUCCUAAUUUCAAAGAAAAUACUUUCAACAAAAGUAAUCAUCCUGUAUAAUGGCGUGAAAAUUCAUGUAUGAACAAACACACUCGUUAGAGAAUAAACAGCAUUUAAGUC